UCCCUCUCUUUUCAUGGGUCAUUACUGUUAAGGUUGCUUAGCGUAACUCAAAGCUAUCCCAAUUUAUCAAUUAUAGGAGUUGGGUUUUUUCUCAAACCCGAAACCCAAUCGGGGAAUGGAGCCGGGGAGCCAACUUCCCCCGAACGAGUGAAAACUUUGGUUUUCUUAGGCAAAACCCAUUAAUUAUUCAGGUCUAUUAUUAGCUCCAUCAUGAUUCAAUUUCAAUCCAAACAGUAUUUAGAUUCCUGAAGUGUUGUUGGGGAGAGGACUUGGAACAAUGAGAGAUGAGAGUUCAAAGAAAAGCAAGCUCUCAUGGUCUAAGUCUCUAAUUAGGAAAUGGUUCAAUAUCAAGGGCAAAGCUCAAGAUUUCCAUUCAGAUGAUAUAGUUGGCAGAGGUGUUGAUGGGGAUUGGAGGAACAGCUUCUCAGAGAGAGAGGUAUCCACAGUCAAGAAAAAGAAGACAGAUAGAUUGUUCAAGAACAACUCUGAUCGAGCUCGACGAGGAAAGAUCGAUUGUGAUGCAGCCCAAGUCACAAACACUCAAGAAUAUAGGAUCUUUGUUGCAACAUGGAAUGUAGGAGGCAAAUGCCCUCCAAAUCACUUGAAUCUCGAUGAUUGGCUCCAAACGUCUCCUCCCGCUGAUAUAUAUGUAUUGGGGUUUCAAGAGAUAGUACCCUUGAAUGCUGGCAAUGUUCUUGGAGCUGAAGACAACGGCCCUGCAAAGAAAUGGAUAUCGCUCGUAAGAAGAACACUCAACAAUCUAGCAGGCUCUAGUGGUAAUAUUGGGAGCAACUACACACCUUCACCUGCUCCCAAUCCAGUUGUGGAGCUUGAUGAUGACUUUGAGGGUGCCUCAUCAUCGCACAAGAGGAACUCAUCUUUUUUCCACCGUCGUUCCUUUCAAUCUCUAAACCGUAGCAUGAGAAUGGAUGAUGAUGUCAUUGCACCUCAACCAAGGCUUGAACGUAGAUAUAGUGUAUGUGAACGAGUUAUAUAUGGGAGUCGUCCUAGUGAUUAUGAUGCAAAUUAUAGAUGGGGCGGGUCAUCUGACGAUGAGAAAAUUAGCGGGGACUCACCAAGCACUGUUUUUUUCUCACCAAUGUCUUAUGGUUAUGGUGCUUCAUCGAUGGAAGAAAGAGCUAGAUUAUCAGGACUCUCACGGUAUUGUCUAGUUGCAAGUAAGCAAAUGGUUGGGAUAUUUCUCACAAUUUGGGCACGAAGUGAAAUUAGAGAUGAUGUUAGGAACUUGAAGGUCUCUUGUGUUGGAAGAGGGUUGAUGGGUUAUCUUGGAAACAAGGGUUCGAUUUCGAUUAGCAUGUCUCUGCACCAAACAAGCUUCUGCUUCAUCUGCAGCCAUUUGACCUCAGGACAGAAGGACGGCGAUGAGCUGAGGAGGAACUCUGAUGUAAUGGAGAUACUGAGGAAGACCAGGUUUCCAAGGAUUCAUGGGCUAGGUGAUGAGAGAUCUCCUGAGACAAUCCUUGAUCAUGAUCGAAUAAUUUGGCUGGGGGAUUUGAACUACCGUAUUGCUCUCUCUUAUCGCUCUGCUAAAGCCCUAGUCGAAAUGCAUAAUUGGAGGGCAUUACUAGAAAAAGACCAGCUUCGAAUAGAACAAAGGUGCGGUCGAGUCUUUGAGGGAUGGAAUGAAGGGAGGAUUUAUUUUCCGCCCACAUAUAAGUACUCAAACAAUUCUGACAGAUAUGCUGGUGAUGAAUCAAACACAAAAGAGAAGCGUCGAACGCCAGCCUGGUGUGACAGGAUAUUAUGGUAUGGAAGGGGCCUAAACCAGUUAUCUUAUGUUCGUGGUGAAUCAAAACUAUCUGACCAUAGACCAGUCUAUAGUAUUUUUAUUGCGGAAGUUGAAUCCAUUGAUCAUAGUAAAAUUAGGAACAUGAGUUGCCCGAGCACUAGAAUUGAGGUGGAGGAAUUACUUCCAUACUCUCAUGGGUACACAGAGCUUAAUUUCAUCUGAAAAGAUAUUUGCAUCAGGAAACUGGCUUCAGGAGUUCAUAAGCGUGCUGGGAGCUUGUAUACUUCAGUUCUUCGCCUCUUUACACUUGAAUCUCGAAGCGUUGGAAUCUUUUGGGAGAAAAUCUACCUCUCUUGAGAAUUUCAGAUCCUAUUAAUCUACAAAUGAAACAGAAAUCGGUGGAACUUCUUCAAAUCUAGAUGCUGCUCUCAAUUCUUGAUCCAGAAGAGGAGCACCAUAAAUUUUGCGACUAACAGAGAGGAGCAUACAAAAAUAAUUUGCUAACUACGCCACCUUAAAUUGUGAAGAGCUUUUAACAAAAUUACGUCAUAUGCUACCGCAUGAAGAAUUUUUGAAGAGUUUAUUUUGUCAGAGUGAAAGGAAAAUUGACAGUGAUUACUGCAAAAUUUAGUUGUAGGAACUGAUUGAUGUAGUAUAGUUCUUUUCUACGUUGCAUAGUUGGAGAACAUAGGAGUGAAAAAGAGGUGUAAGCUAUUAUGCAUGCUUAUGAUAUUUCAACUGUAAAAGGUCAUUCUACUGAUUGUAAUGUGCAGAAGCCUGUGCUUUGUGUUC